GAUUGUUUUUGCUUUAUGCGAUUUAUACAAAAACAAUGGCUUUUAGCACAAAUGUGUUUGUAAUUGAGUAAUUAAUUCACUAAAGGCUUUGUAUGAUUAAGGUUGUUUAAUCAAUUAAUCAUGGAAGUCACGACAUUCAGUGAAAAAAUAGAAUUGUAUUUUAGCGAACUUGGUCGAUGGAGAGUGUGGCGUGGCAUAAUACUCGGGCAAAUCCUUUCGCUACUACUCAGUGUAAAAUGUAUACUUACAACUUUACUGCAAAGUGCAACUUGGCAGUUUCCUACAACCAGCCAGCUGAUAAUACCUUACAUGAUGUUGUUCAUCCUAUUCACGCCAUCGUUGCUAUGUAAUGGAGUGAAGAAACUGAGCAAUAGAUGGUGGAUCAUUCUUAUAGCCUGUGUUCUGGACGUUGAAGCAAACUUUUUGCUAGUCAUGUCACAACGCUUCACAUCAGUGUUAAGCUGACAGCUUCUAGCGUGCAGCGGUGUGGGUGCGGCCCUGGUGGGCGGAGCCUGGCGUGGACAGAGACUGGGGAUUGUGCAUGUGUCUGGUGCAACACUCGGACUUAUGGCUGUUGUGUGUGUUGUCUGGGCCGAUGUGGAAGGCGCACCUACAGAUGGAAGAAACCAGUUAGUAGGAGACAUGCUCUGUUUAGGAGGGUCACUUAUAUAUGCAGUGGUGACUGUGCUACAAGAGAUAGUUGUGAAGGCACACUCCUCUGCCGAUUAUCUAGCAUGUCUCGGCUUCAUAGGUAGCGUCAUUGCCUGCACUCAGACAUUCUUUCUAGAAUUCAAUGAGCUUAUGAUAUUCAACUGGUAUGAGCUAGAUACUAUAAUACAUUUGAUGGGCUACUGUGGCGUCCAAACAGUGUUUCAGAUAUUACAGAGUUUUAUGCUCGUAAAUGCUGGAUCUAUAAUCCUCCAUUUGUCAUUCCUGUCCGCUGAUUAUUAUACUCUAAUAGCUGGGAUGCACAUAUUUCAGUUUAAGUUCCACGCAUUAUAUUUCCUUUCAUACGCACUGGCUAUGAUCGGAGUGUUCCUGUUCAGUUCACGGCCAACCUCCACACCCCCGACACCUGUGCUGCCACAGAUUAUAAACGACUCUGUUCAGACACAGGACAAUGUUUCUAUGGAGUUCACAGUACCCACAUUGGAUUGUAUACCACUAUCAGAAGGCUUGGAACCGCCGAUGAGUCGAGAUACAACUUUCACAUCGUUCCUUGGAGGACAGAAUACUUUACCAAACGGCACUGUUACAUUCGGACACAGUAAUGGCACUUCUACUAUCAAAGAAAAAAGUGACGAGAUGAAAAGUGGCUUGUGAAAUGCCACUUGAAAAAUAACUGUAUUUUGAAAAGAUAAAACCGAAAAUUUCAAAAUUGUACGUAAUUGAGAAUUAAAACUACCUAUCUCCAAAACUACUGAACGGAUUUUGAUAAAACUUGCACCAUUCCCUAAGUUGUCCAAUACCUAGUAGAACAAAAAAAGAACCACUGAAAUCGGAAUGGUAGUUCCAGAGAUAUGCGAACACAAACAUAAAACAUAUAUACAUAUACACCUUUGAAAUCUUGACUUAAGACUAACAUAAUACUUAUAUGAAAACUGGGCAGUUCCGGAAAUAUUACAUACAUAUACGCGUCAAAUUUAUAACUUCCUUUUUUUGAAGUCGGUUAAAAAUUCUGUUCUAAAUACAAACUACGUUCUUGAUGUCUUUUGGUAAUUUUAAGACAUUCAAGUAGAAGCGAGGAUACUGGAUAUCCAAAGACAUUAUGAAUGUAGCUGUACUGUAUAUUUUUUAGAAAACUUGACAUUAUGUUGUCGUUGAUCUCAAAUCGUAAUCCUCGGAAUUAUGUAAAGUUUAGUUCUUAAGAAAUCCUAAAUCUGUUAUAAUGUUAAGAUUUUAUUAAUAAUUUUCGAAAUAUUGCAGAACUUUAUCAACAUUUAUCACACUUUUGUUAAAACUGAUGUGAAACAUUUGUUUGUUCCUAUCUCCUAAACUAUAAUGAUUUGUUGAUUUAACUGUUCACAAAAUAACUGCCAUAAUACAUAAUAUUUAAAUAAAGUUUGAUCUCAUUUUAAAGUUUAUACAUAGUUAAGGGUUAGUGUUUAAAAGUUGUAUUAUGAAAUUUAGGAUGUAAUUUCUUAAUGUUAUUGUCAGACUGAGAAGGGAAUGGUACUACUUUCUAGAAUUUCGAACCUUUAGGUUCUACAUAGAAUCAAUUUUUGAAUACUAAUAAUUUUAGUACAAUUUUACUUAGAGAAAUCAGUAAUAAAACCGAUGCCGUAGUAGAAACUUGUAAAGAAUAAGCAUCUUAUUUGCAGGACCAUAACAAAAAUGUAUUGAAAAUUUGGAACGAAUUUUACUAACGAUUUUAGAACACGCGUUUUUAAAUCCGUAGAAUUUAGGUAACGUCUAUAGCGCACACAUUUAUACUCGUCCGAUCUGCAAGUUGAUGCUGCAAAUCGUAUGAAUGUAAUUGAACUUUAACAAUAAGUAUCUAUAAUAUCUAGUCUUCAUGGUAUUGAUAGUGAUAAGGUAUAAUUGAAAUACGAAACUGCCAUAUACUCGAAUUUCGAAUAUAUUUAAGACAUUUUAACAUAACCUGUCAGGGUUUAAAUAGCCCCUUUAUGGAUAGUUUAUUCGUAAGUUUUGUCUGUAGCUUAGUAUAAAGCAACAACAAAAAUCCCAAAGAUAGCUAUUCUUCACUCUUUAGGUGAUAGAAAGAUGUUAAUUUGAGUAUAGAGAUUGUUUUAUUUAAACUACAUUUUCGCAGCGUACAUUUUACCACAUUAAAAAUUAUCCUGUCUCAUGACUAAAAGUUUCUUCUUUUACACACUUUAAGUAUCAUCGAGUAAAACUGUUUUGAUGAUCUAUAAUGAGGGCUCUUUUAAUCCUGACAGUGUUUAAAAUAGUUUUAUUAUACUUACUGUAAUUACAAAUGUACUGUGCGGUAAGCGAUUAUAUUGUUUUAACGCUUUUAAAUCUAUAUUUAUACAUCUUAAUUACUGUGAUUUAAAUUUUAAUAUCGACUAUUUAUUUAAGCUUAAAGAUUUUUAGCUACGUUCAAAGAUUUUAUUACAAAUUUUUAAACUCCAAAUGGUAUUUAAUGCUCAAUUAUUAAGGUAAGUUUUAGUCGGCUCGAUAGUAUUUAGUACAGUUUGUGAAAACUAAAUUGAACGAUGGAUUUGAGUGGUUGAUUUGCGUGUGAGUUUUGUCGCCCGCCGUAGAGACGUUAACAAAUUACAUUUCAACAGCGCCCCUGAUGGCAAACGUUACUCAUUCUGUUAAAAAGUGUAAUUGACUUCUGUACGGCUAGUUUUGGCAAAAAUUCGCACUUAUAGUCUGUCAAGAAAGUGAAAAAAUUAAAAAGUGGCAACA